AGCUUGUUCCUAGAAUUGAUGGCAUUGGGGAUGGGCUUUUAGUUUGAAGGGAAACACCGUCCAACAACCGGUAUUACUCUUCAUCCUCGUUUUGAUUAUUUUUAUGUUUAGCCGACCUAGCUAUCAGGUUACAGAUUUGAGUGCAUGCUUUUCGAGAAAAGACAUGCACGUUUGUUCACACUGCUGUUAUUUUGGUUUGCACGGUGUAACCACAAUUCAGUUAGCCGACUAGCUAACUAGCUAGUUAGCUCGUAGCAAUGUCAACGUGGCGCAGGCUGCAUGUGAAGGUGCGGACGACUCAUGGAUUACUUACCUCCAGAUGGGAGACACAACGACACACAUGGCAGUAUGGACAUUUAGCGUUAUGUCAAAACCUGAGUACAGGUCGACCUCUCCGGAAUGACUUCUUUAAAGACUUGGAAGCCCAGCUGGCGGCAAUGAGGAAGAAGGCGUCGGACGCCCUGCCAGGGAGCAGCUGGAGUCCCCUGGAGAUAACACCCAACCUUCCGCCGGAGAGGGCCGACAUUGUGAUCGUAGGAGGCGGUGUGAUGGGCUGGUCCAUUGCCUACUGGCUCAAGCAGAAGGAGAGGGUGCGAGGAGGGGUGAAAGUUGUUGUGGUGGAGAAGGACCCAAAGUACUCCCAGGCCUCCACCGUGCUCUCUGCUGGGGGGAUCCGACAGCAGUUCUCUCUGCCUGAGAACAUCCACCUCUCCCUGGCCUCCGCAGACUUCAUGAGGAACAUCAAUGAACACCUCGGCGUGUUAGACGAAGACCCAAUAGACCUCCAGUUCAACCAAUCAGGAUACCUCUUCCUGGCCAGUGAGCAGGUGGCUCACAUCAUGGAGGAGAACUACAGCACUCAGAGGUACGCUGGAGCCAAAGUUUCACUUCUUUCUCCGACACAAGUAAAGGAGAAAUUUCCGUGGAUAAACACAGACGGUGUCGUGCUCGCUUCAUAUGGUUUGGAGAACGAGGGCUGGUUCGACCCCUGGACUCUGCUGAACGCCUUCAGGAGGAAGGCCAUCUCCAUGGGAGUCAUCCAGUGCUGCGGCGAAGUCACAGAUUUUAAAUACACAACAAACGUGAUGACUACCGCUGAUGGCGAUGAAGUGGAUCUCAGGAGGAUAAAAUCUGUCAAAGUGCAGAUGCCUAACAGCCUGGAGUACCAGCCGGUGGAAUGUGCCAUUGUGGUGAAUGCAGCAGGAGCCUUUUCUGCCAAACUGACAGCGAUGCUGGGAAUCGGCUUCGGCCCCAAAGACUCCAUCGGUGGAAUCCCACUGCCUGUUGAGCCUCGCAAAAGGUAUGUGUAUGUGGUCCACUGUCCUGAUGGUCCAGGUCUAGACAGCCCCUUCCUGAUUGAUUACUCUGGAGUUUACUUCAGAAGAGAGGGGUUAGGAGGAAACUACAUUGUUGGGAGAUCACCAGAGGAGGCAGAGGAGCCAGAUACCAGUAACCUGGAGGUGGACCACCAGUUUUUUGAGGACAAGGUUUGGCCCAACUUGGCCUCUCGUGUUCCAGUCUUCGAGAAGCUGAAGGUGAAGAGUGCGUGGGCAGGUUUCUACGACUACAACACCUUCGACCAAAACGGCAUCAUCGGCAUGCACCCUCUCAUCAACAACAUGUACUUUGCCACGGGUUUCAGCGGCCACGGCCUGCAGCACUCCCCCGCGGUGGGGCGAUCUGUGGCCGAACUGAUUCUGGAUGGAAACUUUACAACGUUGAACUUGAGCGGCCUGGGCUUCAGACGCAUUCUGGCCAAUGAACCCAUGCUGGAGAAGAACAUCGUAUAGAGGAGCUAGGACCUGGACUUGUACCCUUCACUCUCCUGCGAAUGCCAAAUUAUUACAACUUUGCUCAUCAAAGUUUG